UUGGUACAAUGUUUUCAGCUGUGAGGAAAUCUUUGAACUGUAAACAGUUUUUGAAACUUAGAGUGUGUUCUUUAUGUACAGCUGCUAGUAAAGAUACACAUGAUUUCUAUGAUGUUACCAUCAUUGGUGGUGGAAUGGUCGGCUCGAGUUUGGCCUGUGCUCUAGGACUAGAGAAAUCUUUGGAUGAUCACAAGAUUCUCUUAUUGGAAGCAGCUCCUGACAGACCUCAAAAGAUCACCUCAGUAUACAGCAACCGCGUUAGCAACAUCACACCUGGUUCCAAAAGGCUUCUGGAAAGUAUUGGUGCUUGGGAUCAUAUUUGUGAAAUGAGACAAAAGCCUUUUAGAAGGAUGCAAGUUUGGGAUGCUUGCAGUGAUGCACACAUCACAUUUGAAUCAAGUUCAAAGGAUUUGGAUGGUUCAAAAGACAUGGGAUUCAUUGUAGAAAAUCCUGUCACCCUUGAGGCCCUGAGAAAACAGCUAAAAAUGCUUCACUCGCGAGUGAAGGUUCUGCAUGGAACAAAGCUCAAGAAAUUAAGUUUGCCUGAUUUAACAAAAGAUUUGGAUAACAAGGAUGUUAGUCAUACAUGGGCUUCCUUGGAGCUGGAAGAUGGAAGGACAGUUCACUCAAGACUAGUGAUAGGAGCUGAUGGUCCACAGUCCCUGGUGCGGCAACAAGCAUCAAUGGAUUGUCUCUCCUGGAAAUAUGAUCAGACAGGAGUUGUGGCAACUCUUCAGUUGGGAGAGAUUACAGAUAACCUUGUUGCAUGGCAGAAGUUUUUGCCAACAGGACCAAUAGCUCUUCUACCACUCACAGACAAUUUAAGCUCAUUAGUGUGGUCAACAACUCUGGAACAUGCUAAACAGCUGGUCUCAUUAGAGGAAGAUAGAUUUGUUGAUGCUGUAAACAAUGCAUUUUGGGAGGACUUGGACCGCAAUCCUUUGGUGGAUCAAGCCACAAGGAUGUCAUAUAUGUUAGCUUCUUUCGUUCAGCCAUGGACAAAGGUGGGGUCUGGUACCCAGUCUCCCCCUAGUGUGAGUGGUGUUGAGGAAGGUAGUCGAGCAAUGUUUCCAUAUGGCUUUGGUCAUGCCAUGGAAUAUGUCAGACCAAGACUGGCUUUGAUAGGUGAUGCUGCUCAUAGAGUCCAUCCUCUAGCUGGACAAGGUGUCAACAUGGGGUUUGGAGAUGUUGCUUGUCUAAGAGAUGUGCUGUCUGAGGCUGCACAGGAAGGAAAAGAUCUUGGAUCUCUGGAGCAUCUUUUAACAUAUGAAACAAAACGGCAGCAGAGUGUAGUCCCUAUGAUCACAGCUAUUGAUGCUCUCAAGAGACUUUACUCAACAUCAAGUCCUCUCCCAGUUCUUGCACGAUCAGUGGGGCUCAUAGCAACCAGUGCUAUGCUCCCUAUCAAGGAACAGAUUAUUGACUUUGCUAUGAGAUAGUGCCACACUGAUCUUAAAAUUCUGGUCACAAAGGAAGAAGCAAUGCACCUUUACAAGAACAUAGGUAGCAAUGUGAUGUUCAAACAUUGCAGCACACAAAGUUGUUUGAUGAUGUUUUAAACUGUAGUUAAACAAAUUUAUGAAUAAAA